CUCUCUUCAGAUAGAUUGUGUCAGAAAUGAGUUAAAUUGUAGGACACCCACUGGCUGUUGCAGAAUUGGCUUGGUGUGGGGGUUUUCCCCACAUCUAGUAUCAGAAGUGUUGUGUGGUAGUAGUAUUUGACUAAAGGAGAAACACAGGAAGGAAGACUGAGGGGUUUUAUGGUUUUUUGUUUUUUUUUUCCCUAUACUCCCUCCUGCCAUCCAUUCUCUUCCCUUCUCUGCCUUGCUUUGGGUCUUGGGGCACUGACCUCUGUGACUGCAUCAAUGAGCUCUCUUGCCCUCGGACUUCUUGUUGAGUCCAGCCAGUGAGAGGAAUCGGAAACUAGGAAGGUGGGAAAGAAAGGAGUCCUCCUACUGAGGUCUUUCCCCAGAGACCCGAGAACAGAGGGCAGGGGACUUGCGGGAGGAUUGAAGUUCAGGGCCACUGCCAAGGAGAAAGAGUGAAGAGGCAGUCAAAGGCUCCCUGGCUCAGACCCAGGCAGGCGGAUCGGGCGGACUCAUUCAUCCAGGGCCAGCCGGGGGCCGAGACUGCCGAGCUGGCUGGCCCGGCCCAGGCCCGUCUGGGGGCUGGGAGGGGAUUUCUUCAGACUCCCUCCCCCAGGGCUGGGCGAGCAGGAACCUCUGGAGGAUUUUAAUUUGGGGAGGGACCAAGGCGUGCCUGGCAGGGCGGCAACUUCAGGGCAGCUGAGGCAGCCCGUUGGCCCAGGGCGCCUGGAAGCCAGGGAGCAGCCUCUCCUGCCUGGGACGCCCCUCCGCCCCGCCGAGGAAAGGCACUGGAAACCAACAGCUGUGCCAGAGCGCCUGGGAAAGAGCCACGGCCCUAAGACAAUAGGGUCGUCCGUUUCUCUCUGACAUCCGUGUCCCUGUCAGGUAGAGGGAGGACCCAGGACAAUGGCUGCUGCUCAUGAUUUGGUGAUGGAGGAGGAAGUGAAUCUGAAUAUGGACAGAGAGAUGAAAGAAGAGCUGGAGGAAAAGGAGAAAGUGACAGAGGCCCAGGCAGGUAAAGAACCGUUCAAGAAUAAAAAGGUCCACAGGAUUGUCUCAAAAUGGAUGCUUCCUGAACCGGUGCGAAGAACAUACCUGGAAAGAGCUAACUGCCUCCCGCCCCCUGUGUUCAUUAUCUCCAUCAGCCUUGCUGAGCUGGCAGUGUUCAUUUACUAUGCUGUGUGGAAGCCUCAGAAACAGUGGAUCACCUUGGACACGGGCAUCUUGGACAGCCCCUUUAUCUACAGUCCUGAGAAGAGGGAGGAAGCCUGGAGGUUUGUCUCAUACAUGCUGGUCCAUGCUGGAGUUCAGCACAUCCUGGGGAAUCUUGUUAUGCAGCUGAUUUUGGGUAUUCCCUUGGAAAUGGUCCACAAAGGCCUCAGAGUGGGGCUGGUGUACCUGGCCGGAGUGAUUGCAGGAUCCCUUGCCAGCUCCAUCUUUGACCCACUCAAAUCUCUUGUGGGUGCUUCAGGAGGAGUCUAUGCUCUGAUGGGGGGCUACUUUAUGAACGUCCUAGUGAAUUUUCGAGAAAUGAUUCCUGCCUUUGGAAUUGUCAGACUACUGAUCAUCAUCCUUAUAGUCUUGUCGGAUAUGGGAUUUGCGCUCUACAGACGGUUCUUUGUCCCUGCAAACGGGUCCCCGAUGAGCAGAAAGGGAAAUGGAUUUCAGUUGAUGGCUGACUCACUCAUGGCACUGAAGGGCACUGAAUCUGCUCUGCACCCCCAAGGAGAGAAAUUCACAGAACAAGUCGAAGACGACUAUGGUAUAACUUCCAGCUCCUCAGAUUCACCUAAGCUAAGAGAGGUUUGGGUUAAUCUUGCUGUUUUUGCUAUUUAAAUAUAUGAAAUAUGGGUUUUUAAUAAGACAAUGAGCUCACAUUAUAUAGAUUGUUCUGUAACUUGUUUUAUAAUGACUUAGGGAUCUUUCUGUUAGUUCAUAGAGACCUUUAUUCUCUGAAUUGCUGAAUGAUAAAGAUAUAUUAUAGUUUAUUUAACCAUUCCUCUGUUGAACACUGAAGUUGUUGCUGACUUUGUACUAUUACCAUGUACUAUCCUAGUAUGUGCAGUGUGUCUUUGAGAGUGAAUGAAUGAAUAGUUCAAGCAUCCAGAAGCAGAAACGUUAAUUUUGACCGAUUUAGACUGCCUUUUAAGUAACUGUACCACUUAUAUUCUUACAGAUAGCAUAUGAAUUAACGGUUUCCUCAUACUUUUGGCAAAGGCAGGUAUUAUAAAUCUUGGGAAAAUUUGCAUUUUGAUAGUUAAAAAAUAAUACGUUAUUUUAAUUUGUAUUUCUCUGACUACUAAUGAGGCAUAGUGUUUUUUAAGUUUAUUAGUAAUUUAUAUGACAUAAUGUACAAAUAUGAAAAAAAUAUAUAAACUUUUUUCCCUGAUGAAAGAGUUGCAUUUAAUCUGAAAAGUAGCUAUUGGUUGGCAAAGAAGCCCAGGGAAGAAAUAUUCAUCUGCCAUCACCAGCCCACCAGGUCACUAGCUCUGAAGAGAGAUCUUUAAUGACCUAAAGUGCAACAUAAUUGUUAAUAAUAGAAAACUAGACAGAGAAACAGGAUUCAUCUAACUAUGAAAUCGGACAUGACCCAUUGAUUAUUAAGACUGAUGACUAAGAAGUUAUCAUCUAGUUAGAUUUUUUUGGUACUAGAAACACCG